AUGGCGAAUUCAGAGUGCAGAGAGGGUGUGCCCUCUGCCCUGCUGACGGCUGUCGCCCGACUGGCCUUCACCGCAUCACAGCCCCAUCGUCGCCGACUCUUCCCCCGCCUCUUCUUCCUCUCACUCACCGUCACCCUCUGCAAUCAGUACACUGCCUGGUGGGCCGUGCCCGCGGCGAAGGCUACAGAGGUCGUCAUUGUCGAGGCGAACAGCGGAGGCAAGGGCGCGAAACCGAAAACCACCUCGCGUCAGGCCCGACUGGCGCUAAACCAAAGACCUUCAAGGCUAUACAAGGCCCCCCCGUCUCCCGCCCAGCCGCCGCUGCGCACCGUCCACCUCAAUAACCCCUCGGAGGUCCCGAAGACUAUGAGGGCGACAAUGCAGCCCUCGACCACAGCCAGCGUCGCUUACACGCCCUACUUCCGCGAACACCACAGGAGUGACGAGAGCAACAGUGAGGGCAACGAUGAAGGGGUAGGCAACAAGCUCCAGAAGAAGGGGAGAAAGGGAGCACACACGGACCAGCCCACGUUCGUCACGGCGAGCAUGUCCGCGCCAGAGGGUGUCCGCACGCGGUGGUGGCCCGCCGACCUCAGCCGGCCGACGCUGUACAAUCUCGCGGUCACGCUUGCGCUGGGCGACAACCUUGGUACCAAAUCGUCACGGCGUCGUACACGACGCCGUAUAGCGACCAGUACGGAUGACGUCGCGAACACGGGGAUUGGGUGGGGGGAUCAGUGGCAUCUCGCGGUCAAUGGACAGGAGUUCUACGGGCAGGGGACGAACAUCCACCCGUUCGUUCCGGACUCAUGGGCAUCUGAGAACGUGCUGGAUAAGGCGAGUACCUUCUAUGUUGACAAUUGGGGUGAUUUGCUCAUUGAGCCAGAAGCGCGCUUCGACAUAUCGACCUUCCUUCCUCCCUUCCGCGAGGUCUGCAAGAACGCCAAGCCGUGUCCCGUACUGCAGAACGGUUGCCUUAACCACCUAACGGUGGUUGAGAUAUCCAGGACGGGAUUAGGGACGUUGUGGAGCCACAAUCUACUCAGUGCCCAAUCCCUCACCAAUCCUGCUCCGAACGACCGCGACAUCGCCGUGGUGCGCCCGUACAUCAACAACAUACUGCCGGAGGACGCACCGCACCGCUUCUUCUUCGUCGGAGGCAUCCAGGCGUGGCACCGGAGUGUUGGAUUCCCGCAUUGUCUUUACCAGAAGGACAAGCUAGCUGUGGUUGAGGUUUUCUUUUACUUCGAGAAUUUCUAUGUCCCGAUGAUGUUGCCCCUUAUGUGCCGCGUGCACGGCGACUCGGAGAUAGAGCUUCCGUUCCGCCAGCCCGUCACCGAGCAAGUCAUUCCAUGCCUGAACCGCUGGAAGCGGGAUCCCAACGAGUUCCCGGUACGCUUCGAAAUCUACGACGUCGACGAAGAGAGGUUCGUUCCCCUCGCGUCCGUCGACGAACCGAUUCGCAUCGCCCUACCCCUUCGCCACCUAAUCGUCAUCAAGUACGAGCAUAUCCACGGCACUCUCUGGCACCCAUCCUGGGCUAAAGGAAUGCGGCCUGCAAGUCCUCUGGGCGGCAUCCUGGCGGACAUGUACCCCUACCGGUUCAUCUGGCCGGUGGACCUCCCAUAUCCUCGCAGCCGCAUCAACGCCUUGUCCGUGGUCAGGUUCGAUCGGCUCCGCGGAGCUCACGUCUUCACGCCCGCCCAAGGCCAUCGGAGGUGCGCGGUGGAGACGAUGAAUGGUCCGGAGGAUGUGGACGAGGAGGCUCAGAGUUCCGAUGGUAGGAUGGCGACUGACGAGAACUAG